GAUAUGGACUCCGAUACCAGUCUGGUGUCCAGCCGCCCGUCCUCACCGGAGACGGAUGACAUCUUCCUUACAGCCCGGAGCAAGGGUAGCGGUGGCGGUGGUGGCGGUGGCUUCUCCGGGGGCACUGUCUCCUCUUCUACACCAAACGACUGCCAGCCAGAACUAAGCGCGGAGCUACGAAACGCCAUGGGCGCGGCGGGCGUGCACCCGGGGGACAAGCUGGGCGGCGGCUGCUUUAAGUCUUCGUCUUCCACCACCUCUUCUUCCUCGUCCACCUCAUCGUCUUCCUCGGUCGCAUCUUCUACCAAGAAGGACAAGAAGCAGAUGACAGAGCCGGAGCUACAGCAGCUUCGGCUCAAGAUCAACAGCCGGGAGCGCAAACGGAUGCACGACCUCAACAUCGCAAUGGACGGGCUUCGUGAAGUCAUGCCGUACGCGCACGGGCCCUCGGUGCGCAAGCUCUCCAAGAUCGCUACUCUUCUUCUGGCCCGCAACUACAUCCUCAUGCUUACCAACUCCUUAGAGGAAAUGAAGCGGCUGGUCAGCGAGAUCUACGGCGGCCACCACGCUGGUUUCCACCCCUCAGCCUGCGGGAGCUUGGCACAUUCGGCGCCCCUGCAAGCGGCCGCUGCGCACCCAGCAGCGGCAGCAGCGCACGCCUCCCACCACCCCGCAGUCCAUCACCCAAUAUUGCCGCCCGCUGCGGCGGCGGCAGCAGCAGCUGCCGCAGCCGCGGCCGUCUCCAGCGCCUCCCUUCCAGGCUCUGGUCUCUCAGCGGUCAGUUCCAUCCGACCCCCGCAUGGCUUGCUUAAGUCGCCCUCGGCAUCCGUGGCCACCCAGCUGGGUAGUGGAGGGGGAGGUGGUGGCAGUUUCCAGCACUGGGGUGGGAUGCCCUGCCCGUGCAGCAUGUGUCAGGUGCCACCACCUCACCACCACGUUUCCGGUAUGAGCACGACCAGCCUCCCCAGACUCACUUCCGACGCCAAAUGA